CGUACAUCGGUACACAAGUAUUGACACAAAUGGCGUGAUGCUAUGACGUUGCAUGAGACGAUGCGUCUAUCAGUUGCAGAAUAUGAUUUCAUCGUAUGCACAAAUGGUAGUAGUAUUACGGUUAGCAAUUGUCGAUACGUGUCGGUGAUCUGUUAGGAAUGGUAGUGCGGUACUGCAACUGCAGUUCAACGGAAUAUAUUGUACCGCAGACUCAUAACCUUUUAAGGUUAUGACAUGAUACAAGAAGGUUAAGUUACGUUUAGAAAAAGAACAAAAUUUGUGCCAAUGUAAAUAGCAUUUGGCACCGCUACGAAUACUUCGAGUCAUGGCUGAUGAUGCAGUUACAUCCAAUGUAUCGACUUACGAUUAUCAUAUGGUGAACGCGGAAAAUGCACAGAACACCUCGCGAGAAAGACGAAUAAAAGGAACAAUGUUUUCGGAUCUCAGGCUUGUCAGUCGACGCGACUGGAUCACAGUCUGCGUGCUAUGUUUUGUUAAUCUUAUAAAUUAUAUGGAUCGUUUCACGAUUGCUGGAGUGUUAACGAACAUAAAAGAUGAUUUUAAUAUUGGCAAUGGUAAAUCUGGAUUGCUCCAAACCGCAUUUAUCUUAAGUUAUAUGGUGUUUGCACCAGUGUUUGGGUAUUUAGGAGAUCGUUACAAUAGGAAGAUUAUAAUGGGUAGUGGUGUGUUUCUUUGGUGCUUAACGACGUUUAUUGGUUCCUAUAUGAAGACUUUUGAAUGGUUUCUCCUGUUCAGAGCUCUUGUUGGCAUAGGAGAAGCCAGUUAUUCCACAAUUGCUCCAACAAUAAUAAGUGACUUGUUUGUUAAAGAUGUGCGGUCUAAAAUGCUUGCACUAUUUUAUUUUGCGAUACCAGUCGGAAGUGGUUUAGGAUACAUAACAGGAGGUGAAACAGCAAGAGCUACUGGUGAAUGGCAGUGGGGUUUGCGUAUCACUCCUAUAUUAGGUAUAAUUGCAAUUAUUUUAUUACUUACAGUAGUAAGAGACCCUAUUAGAGGUGAAAGUGAAGGAGGAGCUCAUUUGACGAGCACUACUUGGUCGAACGACGUGAAGGCAUUAUUAAGAAAUCCAAGCUUUAUGCUCUCUACUGCUGGAUUCACAUGUGUAGCUUUUGUUGCUGGUGCAUUAGCUUGGUGGGCUCCAACAUUCUUGCAAUUAGGAUUUGCGUUACAUCCCAAUGGACAUAACAUUGAUCCAGAUGAUGUUGCAUACAAAUUUGGAUUAAUAGGAAUGGCAUCUGGAUUAAUAGGAGUACCGUUAGGUUCAUUACUAGCCCAAAAGCUAAGAGUACGGUGGCAGCAGGCUGAUCCUCUAAUAUGUGCAGUGGGACUUUUGAUUAGCGCACCAUUAUUAUUCUUUGCAACCCUAACUGCCAACACAAAUUCUGUUUUAUGUUACACAUUAAUAUUCUUUGGACAAUUAUCGUUGAAUUUAAAUUGGUCCAUCGUGGCGGAUAUAUUGUUGUAUGUUGUCAUACCCACGAGGAGAUCCACUGCAGAGGCUUUUCAAAUACUUAUUGCCCAUGCUUUUGGAGAUGCUGGAAGUCCCUAUCUUAUUGGCUUGUUAUCCGAAGGACUGAAAACGAUUCUUCUUCCAGACUUGGCUAUUCAUAGUCAAAUGAAACCAACACCAACCGACGCUCCCGAUACGCUCGUCGAAUUUCGCAGUUUGCAAUAUGCAUUGUUCAUGACGAUGUUCAUAGAAGUCAUUGGAAGUCUGUUUUUCUUCCUUACAGCGUUGCACAUACAGAAGGAUAAAACGUUAGUCGAUCUAACAAUCGCAGACAAAUAUCUAGAUACUAAGAAUAAUGGGCAAGCUGAAUCAACGCAUUUAUAAAUCACAUCACUGGGCCUUCCCUGAUAGUGUGCUGUAUACCCGGUGGAAAUAUUUCAGACUCGGUGUGUAUAUGUAACGACGAAGUUGAAAAUGAGUCACAAGACGAUGCGAAUAAACCGUGAUCGGACAUACCUUAAGUAUUUUGCAAUAAUUAAUUACAGCAAAUAAAUUAUGUACUGUGAUGUAUUGCAGCUGUCGUGAAAAAUAUUUUAAUCGAACAGAUUGCUUUUGCUUUACAAUCGUUAAUUGUGUUAUUGACAUAAAGAUAAAAUGUUUUGAGGGCAUGGAAGUUUACGACAAAGAAAAGUUUAAGAAUUUCGAUAGUUUGUAACUAUCCUCGGAUAGAUAGUUCUGUUAAUAAUGUACAGAUGUAUUAAACUUGGUGGGGAAUACAUUUAAUUAGAUUGAAGGUAUUAAAUAAGAGCCUGUAUGAUAGUACUUUUGCAUAUUAUAUUUUUAUAGUAGAAUUCGUUCGACAAAAAUGCGCUAUUCUUGUGUGUAGGCUGUAAAAUAAACAUCUCUCGAAUACAUUUCGAACGUGAAAUAGAUAAUUAUGUGGACUUUUUAGUAUUAAACAUUUCGGUACUUACGAAAUUUAUUAUUCUAUCUUUAAUGUUAUUUUUAAUUUUAUACGUUAUAUUUAAUUUACAGGCCUUAUGUAUACAACAAAAAUAAUAGAAUUUCUUUUUUAUCCAAAAGCAUAAUUACUUCCCUCGAAGAGUAAAUAUAAAUCGAAGUAUACUCUAAGUUCAUAAAGAGAUCUGGAAUUAUUUUUAAAAAAAGAAUGAUAAUAAAAUUACUUUAAUAUUUAUAUGAUUCUUUGUAUAUAACAAGAGUAUUGUAAUUUUGUAAACCAAUAAACAUUGGAAUAAUAUUUAUUUA